CAUUUUCCAGACAGCAAAAUCUGAUGAUGGACUUAGAAUUAAACUUCAAUUCAACAUCUAGCAGCACUGCUGUGGAUUCAAAGAUCGCUCCUGCUGUGGUUCUGGGUUUUUGUUGUUUGGUGGGUUUGCCGAGCAACAUUGCAGUAAUCAUCAGCAUUGCUCGUGACUGGAACACAAAUCUGAGCUUCACUUUAAAACUGAUGCUCAACCUUUCAGUCUCUGAUGCUUUGAGUCUUUGUUUGGCUCCUUUUGUGCUGUUUGCAAUACUAUUUGGAUGGAAAUAUGGCCUGUGGUUUUGUAGGAUUCUGUUCUUCUUGGGUCACUGGAGUCUGUAUGUCGGUGUCCUGACGGUCACGUCCAUGAGUGUGCACCGCUAUCACAAUGUCAUCAAGACAAGGGUCGCUAAUAGGAUGAUUCUGCACAGACUGGAGCGACGACACAGACACCUUCAGCUGAUCUGCAUCUGGACUCUCGCCUUUGUUUUUGCCUUACCAGUUUGGUUUACUCAAGAACUCAAAGACAGAGAUGGAUUCCAAAGAUGUCAGAGGACAAUGAGCUCACAGUCUGUAGGUGUGACUGUCUUACUUCUUGAGAUCCUGUUGGGCUUUUUCAUUCCAUUUUUAAUCAUGUUGACAUGUUAUCUGUGGUUGCACAAAGGAUUGAGACAAAACUCGAGUUUAACCAGAGCUCCACAGGAGCAGGAAUCCAGAAACAAGGGGUCAAACGUUAGGAAUUACAAGAAGAGACUUGUGAUCAACAUUGUUGUGGCUUUCUUUGUAUUUUGGACUCCUGUUCACAUCACCAAUGUGAUUGAUAUAGUCAUUAUCCUGACUAAUCCGGAUGAUCAUUCACAGCUGAAGUUUUUCCGUCAUGUUUUUGGUGACACAAGCAAGGCUCUCGCUUUACUAAACUGCUGUCUGAAUCCUUUUCUUUAUGUUUUCAUUUCAAGGAAUGUUAUAAAAUGUAUUAAGCGAGAACACACCAAGAUGACACCAAAAAAAAUCUGUGUGACAAAUUGUGUGUGAACACACCAAAUGGACGUCCACACCAGAAGAAAACACCAGACUACGUUCAUUGACAUGCUGAAUCGGGUCAACUCUGAUGUGAGGCAACGUAUCAAACACAUCACAAAAUUAGACAAACAGAUGCUCACAGAUGGCCUAUAACCCCAAAAUGUUUAUUUCACAGGAUCACAAAACCUCUGCUAUAUCAAUUAAUACCUUUGUUCAGGUAAUACCUUUGUUUAUUUCCAAUGUAUACAAGCUGGAUAAAUGCAAUUCUAAAAUCUAUGA